AUGACGGCCCGACGGCAUCCAGACACCAUUUCAAUCCUAUCGCGCCCUCGCCCGGUCGUGAGUGGCCGGCGCCAUGUCCCCGUUCUCAUUAAUGCCUGCGGCGUGCCAUUUUUGCGCAUAAAAAAACCCCAACCGCUGAACCUCAGCCGUGUCUUACACAGGAAAAUCGCGCAGCGGUGGCGAUUGGUUGGACAUCGAGAAAGAUUGAUGCACGAAUUAUAUUUCGCCGAGGAUGAGGACGAGUGGGAUUCUUUGACCAUUGGCUUUGAGUCAGAAACUUGGUACAACGCCGUCAGGGACUCUUACGAUGACACCGUAAAUAAGAUUCGAACGAUCGAUGACAAGAACAUAGCUCGCUCAGAAGCUAUGUGGGAAGUUGUCCUUGCCGAGCGGGAACUGGCUAUAAAGGAGAAAUUAGCCGCAGAGGAAAACCAAGUUGCGAAAAAGGGUCAGUUGUCAACCGCGACAUGA